GGGACGCAUUACUAGGGCGACGGCUGGACGCCUCCUCGCUACGGGAUGAAUUAGCGGCGGGUUUUGCCCUGAGGUUGUGACCCCUACGGAGUUCCCGGGUAGCCCACGUGCCCCUUGCGGCGUCGCGCGGAGUCCCCUGCCAGUCACAGGCUGAAAGACAGAGUUGGGAUUCUCUUCUGAGAAGCUGGCAACGAAUGGAAGAUAUGAUAUGUGCAUUCCAGGGGAAAACAAAUUGUGAUGCUUCUGAACCCAUGGCAGUUAACAAGGCAGUUUCUAGCUACUGAAUAUAUUUUCUGAAAUCAAGAUUGUCAAAGCUUUGGAAUCAUGGUGUCAUGGAAAGGGAUUUACUUUAUACUCACUCUAUUUUGUGGAAGCUUUUUUGGAAGCAUUUUCAUGCUGGGUCCCUUUUUACCACUGAUGUUUAUAAACCCAUCUUGGUAUCGCUGGAUCAACAACCGCCUUGUGGCAACCUGGCUCACACUACCUGUGGCAUUGUUGGAGACCAUGUUUGGUGUAAAAGUGAUUAUAACAGGUGAUGCCUUUAUUCCGGGAGAAAGAAGUGUCAUUAUUAUGAACCAUCGAACAAGAAUGGAUUGGCUAUUCCUGUGGAACUGUCUGAUGAGAUAUAGCUACCUCAGAUUGGAGAAAGUUUGCCUCAAAGCCAGUCUCAAAAGUGUUCCAGGAUUUGGUUGGGCCAUGCAGGCUGCUGCCUAUAUCUUUAUUCAUAGGAAAUGGAAGGAUGACAAGAGCCAUUUUGAAGACAUGAUUGAUUAUUUUUGUGAUAUCCACGAACCACUUCAACUCCUCAUCUUCCCAGAAGGGACUGAUCUUACAGAAAACAGCAAGGCUCGAAGUAACGAUUUUGCUGAAAAGAAUGGACUUCAGAAAUAUGAAUAUGUUUUACAUCCAAGAACUACAGGCUUUACUUUUGUGGUAGACCGUUUAAGAGAAGGUAAGAACCUUGAUGCUGUCCAUGACAUCACUGUAGCAUAUCCCCACAACAUUCCUCAGUCAGAGAAGCACCUUCUCCAGGGAGACUUUCCCAUGGAAAUCCACUUUCACGUCCACCGAUAUCCUAUAGACACCCUCCCAGCAUCUAAGGAGGACCUUCAGCUCUGGUGCCACAAGCGAUGGGAAGAGAAAGAAGAGAGGCUGCGUUCCUUCUAUCAAGGGGAGAAGAAUUUUUACUUUACUGGCCAGAGUGUGAUUCCACCUUGCAAGUCUGAGCUCAGGGUCUUUGUGGUCAAAUUGCUGUCUAUACUGUAUUGGACCCUGUUCAGCCCUGCAAUGUGCCUACUCAUAUAUUUGUACAGUCUGGUUCGAUGGUAUUUUAUAAUCACCAUUGUGAUCUUUGUGCUACAGGAAAGAAUAUUUGGUGGACUGGAAAUUCUAGAACUUGCAUGUUACCGUUUCUUACACAAACAGCCACAUUUAAAUGCAAAGAAAGAUAAUUAAGAUUAUAAUGUUCACAAUGUAAAAAUUUAGGGAACAUUUUGGAAAUGUUCUAAGCCUUUGUAAACUGAGAUGCAUUUUUGCAUGACUAUGUCAGAUAUUUCUUACUACCAUCAUUAUUUGUUAAAGAUAUUUUGCACUUAAUUUUGUGGGAAAAAUAUUGCUACAAUUUUUUUUUAAUCUCUGAAUGUAAUUUCAAUACUGUGUAUGUAGCAGGGAAGGAUAACUUGGGCCAGAUUAUUAAACAAUCAUCAGGCUGUCAUGAGACAAGGAACGCACAAGUUUUUCUCAAAGGCCCACUUCUGUUUUCUAACAGACUCCUUAGACCACAGCAGAUACAGAACUCAUUCGGGAGCACUGGCCCAGACCACGUGCUGUUACUUGACUGCCCAGGUCACCUUAUCGAGGUGAGCACUGUUCCUCCAGGUACCCGGGCAGGUGGCGCCCAGGCUCCCUCCCUUGGCACACUCCUUCCUAUGCCAAUCAGACCCAUAUCAUCCUUCCUUAAAAUCAGAAAUUGGAACUCCCUUGUUCUUCAGCUGAUCAAACAUUUUGAUAGGAAAUCCUUCAUUAUUCAUAGAAUUUUAGGCUGACCAAGAUGUCAGAAGGCCACCGUGCCCUUUUAUCUUGUGAAAGAUAAGACCUGGACAUGUCUAAGGGAGCAACCCCAGGCUCUCCACUUUGAAACCGUGAUUUGAAUUUUAAAAGAUAAGAAUUGAUACAGUUCAAAUUCUGCACUCAUACUCAGUCUUGCAUGCUCAGUGAUGGCUUUCUUACAACUUGAUGGCAGGUUUAGCUUUUUCUGCAUUAAAAAUAACAGUGGCAUAAUGUGAAGUCACUACUUUUUUUAAAGAACGGUUAGAAGAACAUUCUGUUAUUGCAGUCAGAAACUCUUUGAAACAUUUUUUUACAGCCUACCAAAAAAAGAAGGUUGUGUUUUCUACAUGCCAUUAAAACAACAAAAAUGCUUGCAGACAGGGCAGCCGUGGUUUGUCCUAAAUUAUUCAACCCUGUAGCCUUGACAGAUUUUACUCUUAAAACCAAGAUGAAAAUGCAAAAAUAAAUCCUUUUUAAUGAUAGCAAUGGAUCUUUUUAAUCAUAGAUUUCCUCUUUUCUAUAAUAAUAUUUAAACCCACUUCGACCAGUUGCCUAAAUACUCCUGUCAUUUGCAGUCAGUGGAAAGUCCAGCACACCAAUACCACCAAUCUCCUCCUGAAGCAAAAGAAACGUGUCACUUUAGUUGCCCCCUACUGGAGCCUUGCACUCCUUUUUUUGUCCUGUAAUAGUGAUGCCAGUCAGAGUGCAGAAGAUGCGAGGCCAUUACAAGUCCUUAGCUGUCAGCAGAUCUGCCAGGUUUGCUUCUGCAUCGAACCAGCCUCAAAAGCUACUUACUGCACGAUGUUCUCUUCAGCCCGAAUGCUUUCUCUUUAAUUACAUCUCAUUUUUGCUUGACAGUGACCUACCCAAUAAUUGAGUCAUGCAUUGCCAUGAAAGGUAAACACAUCGUGAGCUGAACUUUCCGAGCAGAUUCUUUGAGAAAGCUCUGGUUGAAGCCGAACACUGUUGACACAUCAUUUUUAUUGGAAGAGCAUUAACUGGUGGCUCUGCUGAAACUCACCACCCCAUGUUUAACUGGUCCCCCAAAGCUGUUUCCAAUCCUCCUGGAGCUACUGAUUAGUAUUGUGCACAUCUGCUCCAAACCUCGCUGUUUAACUGCAUGGUUUGGUUUUCAUUUAGUUGGGAGCGUUUUUGUUUUUUUGGCAUAAACCAAAAAAA